CACAUUAUGAUUGUUUCCGCCUCCAUAACAAACACAUCAAAUGACAGUUUUGCAUGCUGAUGUUGUCGUUUUGAUCCUGCAACAUAUUUUAAGUGACACCUCAAAGUUUGUGGCUGGACCGAAGUGAGACACCGUCACAAGCAGCCUGCAGGACUGAUGGAGAGAGGGAGUGUAAAUCUAAUAAUAUAAUAAACUUCUUGUUUUUAUUAUAUCAGAGCGGGAUUAUAAAGGACAAAGCAAAGCACAGAGGAAGGAUGCGGAGUUAAUUUCCUCAGAGAGUCGCACUUCUGUCUGAGCUCGGACGCGUCUCUGCUGGUUAUAUUGUGUCUGGCACUUCUAAUAAUUCUGUUUGUCACGACGUGAGCAGCUCAUCCACACCUUCGCUCUAUAAAUUGCUCGCCUCCUCCUCACUUGUUGAGACCAGCUUCAUAGCAGGGCUGCUUUUACUGCUGUCCGCUGAGGAUCUCCACUCCCCUGCUGCUGACUCCUGACUCCUCAGAUCACUGAAGGGUCGCGGGAGGAGAGCCAGCGGAGGAUUGCUGCGAUAUUUUUUUUUUCUGCACAGACAGCGACUCAAAUCCAGACGCAAUGCAGGCAAACGAGAAGGCAGUGGAUGGCGGUCUGCUGCCUGACGCCAACGGGAAAGACCCAAACCCCGGCGGACAGACGGAGGGCUCCAAGUGGCAGAAACCACGGCUUACCCGUAAAUCUCUGAUGAAGUGCUGUCUCGUCAAGUGGAUCAUCGCCAGUACCACGCAACAGGGGCCAGAUGACAGCUGUGACGGCGACCUUGAACUCUCCAUGGUGCGCCACCAACCCGAGGGCCUCGACCAGCUCCAAGCCCAGACAAAGUUCACCAGGAAGGAGCUUCAGUCGCUUUACAGGGGCUUCAAAAAUGAGUGUCCCAGUGGGCUCGUCGAUGAGGAAACCUUUAAGAGCAUUUACUCACAGUUCUUCCCACAAGGAGACGCAACCAUGUACGCACAUUUCUUGUUCAACGCGUUUGACAUGGACAGAAGUGGCUCCAUCCGGUUUGAAGACUUUGUGAUUGGAUUGUCUGUGCUGCUCAGAGGCUCUGUUCCAGAGAAACUGCGAUGGGCGUUCAACCUGUAUGACAUCAACAAAGACGGCUACAUCACUAAAGAGGAGAUGAUGGCAAUAAUGACCUCCAUUUAUGACAUGAUGGGCCGGUACACCUUACCCAGUGUGCGAGAUGAAUCCCCCUACGAGCAUGUGGAGAGAUUCUUCCAGAAAAUGGAUCGGAACAGAGACGGAGUGGUGACGAUCGAUGAAUUCAUAGAAACCUGCCAAAAGGAUGAAAAUAUAAUGGCUUCCAUGCAGCUCUUUGAGAACGUCAUCUAGUUUCUGUAGACGGGCGCGGAUCAGGAACGC